CUAGUAAGUUUCGAUCCAUUCAGAUAGCACCACGUCAACUUUUUGAAGGUAUUCACCUCUAAAACUUAACAUUUACACAGUUUUCUCGGCUCUUUCGAUCGCAUGUUCCAACAAGAUUACAUCCCAACAAUGGAAGAUAUUCGGCGUGUACCAAUGAGGACAUUAAGUGAUCUAGGAUCUUCCUUCGAAUUUGGCAACGUGGUAUACCACUUGAUUGACCCCGGUAGCGCACAGAUGGAGCAAAAGAACUGGAACUAUGCAUUCCUUGGCGUCGACACAGUCAUAUUCGUAUUCGACGUUUCUGCCUAUUGUAUCAGCGUGGGGGAUGGGGAGAUGAAUAAAAUGGACGAGCAGUUGAUGCUCUGGGGCAAACUUGCACUGGCACCUCGGUCUCCGAAUGAGAGGAUUAUCGUCAUCUUCACUAAAGAGGACAGACUUACCCCUGAUCGAUUGGAAAGGUGGAUAUUCUCGGAAUAUUUCCCUGGCUUCCAAGGCGACCCCCUUGAUGUUGAAGACAUCCUCCAGAACAUUGCAGGGCUAUUGACAUCUAUGAUGAAGCGCGUCACCGUUAUAGAGCGUUUGCCCAUAUUCUGGCGAACCAGCUUCGAAAAUGAGCCCAUCGAAAUAGCUAUGGUGGAUCUGAAAUGUUCAAACUGAAAUUUAUCUAUGUAUUACUGUUGCAUCGUCAUACCAUGUAUAUACGUUUGAUCAUGAUCAUGCAUAACUUGUAUAAUAUGUAUCGCU